CGGCCAAGGGGAAGGUACGGCCCUGUCGGUCUCUGGUGCCUGACAGUGCUGGCUGGACUUGACAAUAACAGACUUUUUUGUCAACAACCCCGGGGCUUUUCGCUAUAACCCGCGGGGGGAUUUAAAAAAAUAAAUAAACGGUGGUUACGGGGUUAUCAAAAGAAUAUAUUAAAAAAAAAACUAUAAACACACACGAACUUUGUAUACAGAUCGAUAUUACUUCGCUUUUUUUUUUAAUCGACGAAACGAAAUAGAAAUAUAAAAAAGAGAGAGAAAGUCAUGCCGAUUUGCGUUCGAAAAUGAAGUGACAUUUGUGGGCGUUUGGUGAAGGCUGUGGUGUAUUUUUUUUCUUUUCUCUUUUUUUCUUUUUUUUUUUUUUUAUUGGCGAGAAAAUGAUGUGAACGAAAAUCGCGGCACUUGACUUACGCGUCAGGACGACCAGAAGAAAGAAAACGUGACUAAAGCAAAACUCUGAGAAGAUUAAGUGAAGGGCAAAUACACGAAAUAAAUGAAAGAAAAUUGAUAUAUGUAAAAGAAAAAAAAAAAAUAAAGAGAAACCAAGAAAAUAUAUAUAUGAAAUAACUACAUAUAUCACGUGGCAGUGAAGUGACAGCAACUUAAUAUAAUAGGUAUAUAUAUAGUUAAUUAUAUAUAUAUAUAUAUAUAAUUCAUCAAAAUAAAGAAGCUUCCAGUAUUUUGCUUGUCACAAUUCUGGCUCGGGCAUCGCUAAGGCAGACGAAGUCCACGCUCGACUUUCUACCGCCUUCACAAACGCACCUACGCGCCCACACGCCCACACAAUGAACAGCCCGAAGCCCUCUGGUAUCCGCACGCCCACCCGCAUUGGGCGUGCUGCUUCCGGGAUCCCUGUCACGCCCGGAACACCCCCGACGCCGCCCACACCGCCCACACCCCCGACACAGAAUAAGCCGUUCAAAAUCGCUCCUCUGUCCACGCCCUCGCCUUCUGCAGGCGCUAACGGUGACCGAGUGGAUGUAGAGGUAGAAAAACUGCGACGCCUCAGUGAAGAGUUCUCCAGGAAGACCGACGCCACACUCCUCAACGGCUCCGCUAGACACAAAAGUCCUUCGCCUCAACCCAGACCAGCUCUCCCAACGUACACAAACUUCAAGCAGAUCUACAACAACAACCUCCACAACCACAACAACAACAACACCACCACCCCCAAUUCCUACAACAACACGCAUAGCGACAACCUUUCCAACGGCCUUAGUGGGAGCAACAGCAGCCUCUCCAGCAGUAACAGCAGCAGCUUCCACCAUAAGCGUGCCAGAUCCCCUCUGAGAGAAAACGGCCUCUCGCCCUCUGUCAUCCUCGAGACACAGAAAGGCCUGUCUGAGGAACCUUUCCUUCCCUUCACAUUCCCCGAUCUGCCUUCCUACAAGAUGCCUUCUCAGAGGCGCUUCAGCGAGGACGUGUCCUUCCGCCGACCGCUUGCCACACUGCAUGAGGAUGAGGUGGUUGCCAGGCGACGCUUCAGCGAGGAUGUCCGCAAGAAAUCCCUGGACACCUCCGCCGUGAUGGACGACAUAUUCAAGCACCAGCGGCGUCUGUCUGAGGCUGGAGUUCGCCGCUUGUCAGAUGCCUCGGUCGUGUUGACAGAGGACACUGACAGUUUUAUCAUCGGAGACCGAGUGUGGGUUGGUGGUACGAAGGGGGGACACAUUUCCUACAUUGGAGAGACACAGUUUGCCCCAGGAGAGUGGGCAGGAGUUACUCUUGAUGAACCCAUUGGCAAGAAUGAUGGAAGCGUGGCAGGUGUGCGUUACUUCCAGUGUGAGGCCAAGAAAGGUGUCUUCUCUCGCCUCACCCGCCUGUCCCGCACACCUCUCACUGACCAGGACAUCGAGAUCCUGACAUCCAGAUCUUCCACCGUAGGAUCAGACUCCCCAAAGACCAAUGGUACCCCCGCAGCUAGCGUGGCCUCGGGCCCUACAUCAUCUACCCCACGUAAGAUUACUCCUGCCAGUGCCCCAGCAGGUUCCACUGCUUCCUCCACCUCUGCUGUUGCUGCUAAGUCAGGUUCUCCUGCCCCUGCUUCUACUCCAAGGAAAGCUUCUAAUGCUACCCCAGCUUCUGUAUCCUCAGACUUCAAAGUAGGAGACCGUGUAAUCAUCAACAGUGCUUCAGGAGUCAAGCAUGGCACACUGCGCUUCAUUGGAAAGGCAGACUUUGCUGAGGGCAUUUGGGCUGGGGUGGAAUUGGAUGAGCCCAAUGGCAAGAACGAUGGUUCUGUGGCAGGCAAAAAAUAUUUUGAGUGCAAGAACAAGUACGGACUGUUUGCCCCAGUGGCCCGCGUAAGCAAGUUUACAGGGAGUUCAGGAACCCCGCGCCGUACCUCCUCCCUGUCCCAGACACCCCGGGGCUCCCUCCGCCGUUCCAACAGCAAGGAAUCCAUUGGCGGCUCUUCUGUUGCCUCUUCCACGACGUCAUCCAUUCGGGGUACCAGGGUAAGACUUGGCGUCACGUCCCUAUCGCCAGGCCAGAGACCAAGUAGGCCCACCACAUCCUCUGUACCAAGCACCAAAGCUUUGCAGGAAGCACUCGCAGAAAAAACCCAACAUGUUGAUCAGCUGAUGAGAGAGCGUGACCUGGAGAGGGCAGAGGUAGCACGAAUGGCUGCCCAGGCAGAUGAGGCUACCAGGGCAGCUCAGGACAUGCGGAUGCAACUCGAUCAGCUACAAGUGGAGUCGGAGGAGCGCCUGCACGACCUGGGUGAACGAGUGCGCCUGCUGGAGAAGGAACGGGAGGACAUUCUCACCAAACUGGAGGACAAGCAGAGGGAGGUAGAUGACCUGGCCUUCCGUCUGGAGGAGGAGUCCAUCACCAAGGCCGAUCUCGAGAAAUUGGAACGCCUGAAAGCAAGUCAGAGCACAACAGAUGGAGAGCACAUCAAAGAAAUGAAGAAGGAGGUGGAGGAACUAAGAAAAAAACUCAAAGACCGAGGAACCAUAGAGGCUAACAGGGCAUUCGAGAUGGAGGAAUUGGAGAUUAACCUGAGAGCUAGUGUGGAAGAACUUCAAGCUAAGGUGAUGGACAUGGAAAGGGAAAAAGAGGAGCAAGAUAAAGUCCUGCUGGAAAAUAUCGAGAUGAUAAAGUCCCUCAAGACAAGCAACGAGGCCUUGACAAACGACAUCAGUGAGCGUGAGCAGAAGAUCCAACUUCUGGAAUCGAAGCAGGAGGAAGAUGGUGCAAAAUCAAGGGAGAGGUCAACAGAAAUUGGUGAAAAGGAUGCAAAGAUUAGGGAGCUGCAGCUUGAGGUUGAGAGGAAAGGGAAGGACUUUGAAGAUGUGACCCAACAGGUGGAGGAGGUCCUACAGGACAUCGUUAAGGAGAGACAAGAAAAGGACAUGCUUCGGAAGGAGAUUGAGGGUCUCAAAACACAGCUCAGUUCUGGCUCGAGUGAGACUUCAAGUCUUCUACUCGAACUUGACAAGGUGAAGGAAGAACUCGUAGUUGCCACUAGUCAACUUCAGGAGGUGAAUAACAAAGUCAAGAAUGUUGAGACGGAGAAGACCAAAGCCGAGGAAGAACUCAAGCAGGCAAGCAGUUCAGCUUCAGAUAUGUCAGUCCAGCUCAAGAGUGCCACAACCAAGCUCCAGGAUACAGAAAAAGAACUAUCGAUUUUCAAGGAGAGGCUCGAGAAAGCAGAAAAGUCCCUUAGAAGCGAGCAGGAAGGCAAGCUCUCCCAGACUGAAACAGUGGAGAAACAGUUGUCAGAAUUAAAGGAACAGCAUUCACAGCAACUUCUUAAUUAUGAAGAACAGGUCAAAACACUGGAAGCCACAUUAGCUGAAAAGACCAUGGAGAUCAGUGAGUUUGGCAGGCAGAUCACGGCAGCAAGUUCCCAUGUAAGCGCCCUGGAAGAGCAGAAGAAGCAGCUGGCGGAACAGGUUGCAUCACAUCUGGCCUCCUCGUCAGAUUCCUCGCAACAGCUGACCACCCUUAACAACCAGCUGCGUGAGAAGGAGAAGCAACUGGAAGCCAUUCAGGAACAGCUGCGUGAAAAGGAGGCGACCCUCUCUCGGGAGGUGGAGAUGAGGGAGAAGGAGAACCAGGCAGUACUCCAGCAGGCCAAAGAAGCUAAGGAGAAGUCUGAGGCUGAGUUGCAGAUGCUGAAUGAGAAGCUGAGUGAGAUGGAGAAAGAAGCUGGUGAAAGCAAGAGCCAAGUGGAGGCCCUAAAGAAGCAACAUAAGACGGAAACGGAAGAGCUGAUGAAGCAGAAGGACUUGGAGAUCUAUGAGUCCCAAGAGCAGUUGAUGCUGAAGGAGGCUGAAGUUGCAACAUUGGAGGAGACACAAAAGAGUUUGGAGAAUCAAGUGAAGGCCAUGACCAGUGAAUCAGCUGACAAACAGGGAAGCAUGGAGAAGGCACUUGCUGACAUGAGAACCGAGUUGGAUAAUCUAGUCAAAGAGAAAAACGAGAUGGUUCGGAGGAAGACAGAGUUAGAGGAACAAAUAUCAAGUCUGGAGAAUGCUAAUUGCAAGCUACGAACAGAGCAGGAAGCGAACCUCUUGGCUGUGACCGAGAGGGAUCAAAAGGUGGCAGCCUUGAAAGCCGAGGUGGAACACUUGAUGACCUCCUUCAACAGCCAUCGAGAAGACCUUCAAAAACAGCUGAUGCAAGUGCAGGCGGAUAAGGAGGCAAUGGCAGAGAUCCAGAAGACAUUUGAGGAUGAGCGAGCGCGGUUGGAUUGUCUGCAGGAGAGCUUGGCGGAGAAGGAGGAGGAAAACGAAAACCUGCAGAAGGAGAAGGAGAGUUUGGGGAAGGAGGUGGAAAGAUUAAAGGUGGUGGAGGAAGAAAAAACAAAUCUAGUCAAAGAAAAAGACAGUAUGGAGGAGAAUUUGAAGAAGCUAUUAGCCAUAGAGGAAGAACACAAGACACUACAGAAGACACACACCGAACACACCAAGAAGGCGGAGAGCCUGAGUGCCGAAAAGGACCGCAUGGCCAAGGAGAAAGAUGAGUUGGCGAAGGAGAUCAAGAUGCUGAAGAAGCUGGAGGAAGAGAGAGAGCGGUUGUCGGGUGACGUCCAGAAACUGGAGAAGGAGCUCACAAAGAUCCCUCAUCUACAGGAGGACAAUGCUCGGCUGGCAGAUGAUAUAGCAAAAAUGACUGAGGAGAGGGAGACCCUGGCUGCCAGCCUGAAGAAGAUGGAGGAGGAGGUGAAGCAAAAGAAGCAGCUGGAGGAAGACAACAUGAGAAUAAGUUCGAGUUUGAAGAGUGUCGAGGAGGAGAAGAACAAGCUGAUGAUCGAUGUGCAGAAGCUGGAGGCCGAGGCUGCCUCGAAAGUAAGGAAUCUGGAGGGGGACCACUCAAAGGCCCUGGAGACAGUCAGAUCCCUGGAAGAGGAGAAGAGGCAGGCGGCUGAGGAGAUAUACAAGUUGGAGGAGGAGUUGAAGAAACUCAGAAAGUUGGAGGAAGAGAACCUCACUCUGGAGUCCAAGAACAUGGCUUUGGUGAAGAGUAUGGAAGAACUCAAAAUCAGCGAAGCGUGUUGCACCAUUGCUUGAGAUAACAGUACCUUAUUGUUGUCUCCUAAAGCCAGAUAGAAUCGAGCCUACUGUCUCUACGCAAGUUAGUGUCAGAGACAAGGAAACGCACCACAAGUCCACAGACUUCGGCCACAAACCUCGACCUGGGCACCUGCGAGAAGCUUUGAUUGUUGUUGUUUCCCUCUUCCUUUCCCCCUCCCCUUCUCUACGAAAAAAAAAAGAGAAAUAAAAAGAGAAAGAUAGAUAGAAGAAAGGUGUCACCUACACACACAUCUCGAAAUAGGAGUGUGGUGGAAGACGAGACAAUAUGAACAAGGAUUUUGUUGUCUGCUUUGGGAAUUCAGAAAGAAAAACUCAGUUGUUUACCUAUUUCACAAGGGAACUAUAUUUUCAGUGAAUUGUAUAUUACAUUUUUUAUAGACUUUGUUGAGCUAUGUAAUUUGGAUGUCUCUUCAACGUUUCUUCUAUUUUAUUAACAUAUUUUUUGUCACUUUCAAAUGAAUGUAGGCCAUAAGUUCAUGGAAACAAAGAACAAUCCUCACAUACAUCAUGGUAUGAAAAGGCCAAUAAUUUAAAAGGAAAUUCUUCUCUUGUAGUAAAAAAAAAGAGAGAGAGAGAGGACACGGGAGAGGAUGAAUUCUCGUCUUCCUUCAUCUUUAAUCUUGUUCGUGUGAUGAAAAGCAAUAUGUAUUAUGAUGAUUCCAUAGUUCCAUAUCAUAAGUGCUCAUAAAUAUCUCUUAGAUCUUAACCUUGAGCAUUCUUUGUGCCUUAGUGAGAGUUAUUGUUAAUUUACUGGACUGACUUUUAAGUGAUACAGAAUAUAUGUACUGUAUGUGUGUGUCUGUGUAAAUGUUACAGUUUAUUUGCAUACAAAUGGCUUGUAUAAACUAUGGCAAAUCAUAAGUGUUUUUGUAGGCAUCUUUAUUUGUCCAUUUGAUUUGUUUUAUUCAUUGUUAAUAUUUUUUGUUUGUCUCUGAGAAUAUUAAGAUAUAUCUUUUAUUUUUAUAUUAUCUAGAUGAUUUUUCCUAUGAGAAGACGAGGGUAUUCUGUCUUAACCAGAAAUGGAAGUCAUGUAGAGCUAUUUAAAGGGAAAUGCAGUGUACUGUAGUUGAUAAACCUGUGCUAUGGGGCUGAAAGUAAAAAAAAAAAGAAAAAAAAAAGAAAAAAAAUGGUAGUAUUGUGUAAAAUUGGCAAUGCUAAUGAGACCAUCCAGAGUCUACUUAGUAUAGUACUGUUUAAUUACUUUACACGUUUAUUUAUUUAUUUUUUUCUUUGAAAUUGUUUCCUUCAAUUUUCCUCCAUAAUAAAGUAGGGGGCAUUUUAGUCUUGGGUUCAGUUGCUCUUGUUAAGACCUAUAAGGUAUCAUCUAUAAUAAAUAUCUGUAGAUUGGCUUCUUAUAUUUUCCUAGUCAAAUUUCUUUUGUUAGACCAAAUAUUUAUGGGUUUUUUUUAUUAUUAUCAUUAUAAUGGUAAUUAUUUAUAUAUUUAUUUUUAUUUUUUAUUUUUUUCCUUUCCUUUUUCAAUCCCAGUUAUUUGUAUUUACUUCCAAGUUCAAAAAUAGGAAUUAUUUAAUCUUUCUACUUGAGUAAAAUACACAUCAUAAGCCGCUUUGUUUUACUGCCUUGAUUAAAUGUUUUCCUAACAUUGGCAUCUGUGAAGGACAGUGUUUUCUGAGUGUUUUGAGGACUUGGAAAUGUGUCAAGGGAAGUCAUGAUUUUGGAAGACUAUGUGAGUACUAACAUGUUCUAGUUACAGUAUGUACUUUUCUUAGGUCAGAUGUAGAUCUUUUGCUGUUUUGGGUUGUUACACUUCUGGGGUUAUUUGAAGAUGGUUCCUUUUUCUUCCUCUUCUUCUUCUUUUACUUUUUUUUUUUUUUUUUUUUCCUUUUAAGAGGUCAAUUUUGGACUUCAAUCUUCCUUGCAGAUGUAUGGGGUUUAAGGGGAGGGGGCUGAUCACUUAACCUGGUAAAGUUGUUUACUUGAUGUGCUUUUGUUGAGUAAUUAUAAUUUUAUCAUUAAGAGGUAAUUCUAGGUACAAUGUGAACAUUGAAAACUUGUGUGUAUUCUAGGUUCUGGAAACUGUAGGACAGAACAUAGCUCUCUUACCCUUUAGUAGCUCAGCUGGCAAAUAUGCUUCAUACAGGGGACUGUAUGGAAGAGAAAUAAAAUGAUUUUUGACAACUUUCUUA